CCCACCGAGUCCGUGCCGACCAGCGAUCCCCGCACAUUGACACUAUCCUACACACACUAGGGACAAUUUACAAUUAUACCAGACCAAUUAACCUACAAACCUGUACGUCUUUGGAGUGUUGGAGGAAACCAAAGAUCUUGGAGGAAACCCACGCAGGUCACGGGGAGAACGUACAAACUCCGUGCAGACGGCACCCGUUGUCGGGAUCGAACCCGUGUCUCUGGAGCUGUAAGCGAUGUAAUGCAGCAACUCUACCGCUGCGCCACCGUGCUGCCCAAUGUCUAUAUGGAGUUUGUACGUUCUCCACGUGACCUGCGUGGGUUUUCCACGGGUGCUCCAGUUUCAUAUCACAUUCCAAAAACCUACAUGUUAAAAGAUUAAUUGGCUUCGGUAAAAUUGUAAAUUGUUCCUACUGUGUGUAGGGUAGUGUUAAAGUGCAGGGAUCGCUGGUCAGCACGGACUAGGUAGGCCGCAAGGCCCGUUUCCGCCCUGUAUCUCGAAACUAAACUAAAAGAUCAGCAAGUUUUGCAGACAGAGAUCACUCAUGAACAUUUAAAAUAUAUUAUCACACAGUAGUUAUCCAUCUGACCUACUUUCCAGCAAUCUCAAAAUCUACCCAGGGAAGCUUCCUGCAACACAUCGUGCAAACAGCUCAGGAUUUCAGACACGACAAAGGCAUGAUUUAAUCUUCUGCCAACCACUAACCCCUUCCCAUUCCCAUUCCCAUACUUACCUUUCUGUCGUGGGCCUCCACCAUUGCUAGAUGCACAUGCACAUGCAAACUGGACUCAUAUUUCGCUUGGGCAGCUACCAACCCAGUGGUAUGCAGAUUGAAACUGAGAUAUCUUUGCAAUCGUCCGAGUGAAAUCCUGGAGGAAGGAAGUCAAGUUCUGUGGUGUCACAAGUGCACAGGCUUCACUGCCUCCCUCCCACCCACACACUCUCAAAGCAAAAAACCCUGCUUUCGCACAUGUAUGUGUUUAUGCAACUUGCAAACUCGCUUCAGAACCAGACCUUCAGCGAGAUUGAAGGAAUCUUCAGAAGAACGAGCAGUUGCACACGAGAGUGUGUCUGACAUACUUGUCUGCCCGAGCAUCGAUGCAACGACUGGUCCUGGAGUUUCCACUCGUAGGAUGCCAGGGGUACAAUGAGGUUCCUGAGAUCACCAGUGGCCGGAGUUGGUGUUGUUCUUUACAUGUGUCUAACUGCAGUGAAAAGCAAGACCGUGGUUGUGUCCCAGACACCAGCAGAGAUGGAGGUGCUGGUGGGGGAUGUGGCUCGGAUAAACUGUUCCUACAGCAGUGGGGACGGAGAUCAGAUGAGGAUUGAGUGGACGAGGAACUCCAGUGCACGGCCAUUGUGUCAUCGUAUGGCAAAUAAACACAGCUCCGGUUCGCGACAGUCCUGUACGAGCGGUUUUAAUGUUACUCUGGACCUCUCGGCCAACUCCUCAUCUUUAAUCAUCUAUAACGUUCACCUGCAUGACUCUGGCGUAUACUUUUGUCAAUUGUCUGUUGAAAUACCUCCCCCAACGUUGACAGCAAAAGGAGAAGGUACAAGGCUGAUAGUGAACGCUCGUCCGCGGGUCUGGGUGAGAGCGGAGCCCGUGUCCACCCCCACCCAGGGGGUCCGGCUCACCUGCACGUCGCUGGACUUCUACCCCGGCCCCAUCCAGGUGUCCUGGUUCGCAGACGGACACCAGCUCACCAACGGGACGGAGACCGGGCCCCUCUCCCCCAACCCUGACGGCUCCUUCUCCAUCUCCAGCUUCCUGAACCUCACCCUCACCGCCUGGGGCCAGGGUGGAGACUACACCUGCCAGGUGAACCACUCCACGCUCCACAAACCCAUCACUGAACGAGCCCACGCCAGCAGCACAGGUCAUUCCAGAGACAAACUGCUGUGGAUAAUACUGGCUUCGUGCGGUCUAACUGUGCUGAUGGCUGCUGUAAUCGGUGCAUGCUCAAUGUCAAUGAAGAAGGAGGUGAGAUCGAUAAAGUCCAGGGCGGAGAGUGUAGAGAAUGUGGAGCCGGUGAGGACGGAGCACCUUGGGAAUGAACAUGCCGUCUACCAUCUGCUCGGACAGGGCUGUGCCCGUGAAUCAUGAACGCACCCACCAGAGGCCACCCCACAGUCACAGCAUCGCAAACGUUCAGUCUCCACACAGUGUUCUUCUUCAAACCCGGCACCUCUCUUGCUGUCUACAGCUGGUGACUCAUUCAAUAUUACUCUGGAAAUUCUCCUGGUGAACUAAUAACUAAAUAUCUGUUCUAUGUCGGGCAACUGGUUUAAUGCUGCAAUUUGGACAAUCCCCUUCUGUAUGAAGAAGGGUCCCGACCCGAAACGUCACCUAUUCAAGUUCUCCAGAGAUGCUGCCUGACCUGCUGAGUUACUCCAGCACUUUGUGUCUUUUUGUGUAUUAACCAGCACCUGCACUUCUUUGUUUCUAGUACAUGUGUAGGCUUUGUGAAGCUCCGUGAAACACGGUGUUGCUUCUUGAAGCUUGAAACUCUGUACCUCGGCUCUGAAACGCUCUAUAUCGACGCCAGUCUCAAACUUCCCACCCUGUCUUUGCUCUCACUCUUUGGUGGGGCUCUGUGGAAUAAAACCAGCAGGAGGUGAGGGGAGGCACAGUGGUAGAGCCGCUACUUCACAGCGCCAGAGACCCGAGAUCAAUCCUGACCUCGGGUGCUGUCUCUGUGGAGUUUGCACGUUUUCCCUGUGACUGCAAAUGUCUCCUCCAGGCGCUCUGGAUUCCUCGCACAUCGCAAAGACGUGCGGGUUUGUAGGUUAAUUGGCCCUCUGUAAAUUGCCCCUAGUGUGGAGGGAGUGGAUGAGAAAGUGGGAUAGCAUGGGACUAGUGUGAACGGGUGGACUCGGUGGGCUGAAGGGCCUGUUUCCUUGUGGUAUCUUUCAAUCUUCCAAUCUCACAUCCGUGAUCAGAUGUAACACCCAUGCUGCCUGAUGUUUUGCUUCGUGAAAUAUGGGAAUAAAUGUCUAGAGAAAUUGC